AUUUUGCUCUGUUUUUCUCAACAAUGGCGGCUUCUUCUUCAUCUUCGUCUUCCUCCGACGUCUCCUCUGAUUCUUCAGACUCUCAUCGCCGCAGUAGAGAUCGCCGUCGUCGCCGUAGAAACGACCGUGACAGAGACUCGCUCAAGGUACGUAAGAAGAGUCGAUCCACCUCCAAAAAGCGCCGUAGACGCCAUCACUCCUCCGAUUCAUCUGCUUCUUCUUACUCCGAUUCCUCCGGAAGUGAGAGCUCAGAUAGUGAGCACGAGAGGUCACGAAGGCACAAGAAGCAUGAAAAGCCAAAGAAGGCUAAGGAUAAGGAACGAAGUAAGAGUCAUCGUCAUAAACGGCAUAAGAAUAGAGACAGGAAGGUGAGCUAUUGUUUCUCAUUACGUCUUAGAUAAGUUUUCAUCAAGAUAACAAGUUACUUAUAAUACUUCUUUUUGCCUUUCUCUGUGGCCUCUUCGAACUUGGAGCUGGGGUUGGUGACAUGAUAAACUGGGGACUUUUGUGUGUUUUCUUUGUUUUUUAUUUUUGGUCCUGGCAUUGUGAGUCUUGUUUAGAAAGGGGAAGGAGAAGGAAGCAGCGGUCCUGUUAAACUAUCAAAGUUUCUGAGUCGUGACAAAGACAAUGGUGAGCGUAGAAGUGCUGUCUCAGGGAAAAAGAUUCUGCUGAAGGUCGACAAGUCCAAAGAGGACAAAGCUGCAGAGAGCAAAAGAAAUGAACUGCUUAAGUUCUUGAAUGCAAGUUUCGACUAGUUUUUUGUGUGGAAUUUGUCUCCAUGACAAAAUCUCAACAACAACAAGAAUGUAAGAUGUUAUGUGAUCAGAUUCUAGUUUGUGUAUCUGUCCGGUGAGUCAGAUUCUUGUUUUGUUUAUUGGGAGGACGAAUAUGUAAUGGAUUUGAGUUAUUAUUAUAAGCCUUUUGAACUUGUUUCUUGAUUUC